UUGACAGGUGUUAAACAGACAAUUUGAAAUAGUUAUCACCUUAUAUAUUUCGUAAAUUUUUUCAAUUUUUUAUUAAUUUCUAUAAAAAGAUAUGGCGACCGCAGAUAAAAGCAAGAAGAGACGCAAAGAAUCUCUUACUGCAGAUGAAAAACUGACCCGGAAUUUGACAUACAAGCGCAAAUUUCGUGCCGUAGUACGGUUGGUUUUAGCCAACAUACAUUGGCUACAGGAAGUGGAAUCCCAAGAACUAGGCGACAGUGUUAAGAAAAACUUUCUUAUGAUUUUAAAAAAAGGAAAGGGAAAGACGAUGCUAUCAUUAAAGGAAAAAGCUCUUCUGAGAAAACCAGUACAGUUACGAACUGCAGAAGACAUCGGCAUAUUAUACACAGUUGUGGGUGGAAUAAAAUGUUUUCAAAAGUACACCGAGCAAGUGAAGAGGCAACUGGCAGGCAAAACGUAUUUUGAAUACUUCGGGCCGGACCGUUAUAUUGUAAGACAAAACCACGAAGGUCUGAAAUUGUUUUUCAUUUUUGCUGGAACAGUGGGAGUGUACCAGGAAAGUAUUGAUCCUGCAACUGAUGAACCAGUAACUACUGCUGUAGGGGUAAUGGAAAAAGGUGAUAUGUUUGGGGAAGUUUCACUUCUUCAUGGAAUUGCAAGGCCAUACAGCGUUUGCACAACCGAUCAUUGCGAAUUUUUAACACUAACAAAAAGCGAUUUCGAUGAAGUUUUAAAACGGUACGUACAAAAAGAGUGGGACGCAAUAUAUGAUGCUAUGAACAUGUUCAGAUAUUUUGACGGAUGGAAUGCAGUGACAAAACAGGAAUGCUGUAUCAUAUCAAAAAUACAACAGUAUGAUGCAGGCGUGACACUAGUGGGUGACGACUUGGGUCCUACUGAAUACACUUACUUCCUACUAAAGGGUCGUUGUAAAUUGGUCGAAUGUUUAUAUUUCUCAUUAAACAUUAAAAACGGAGUGAAAUAUUUUAAGCGUUACGAACCUGAAACUAAAGUUGAAUCAGUCCGAUCACGUUCGAUAUUGAAAACUUCGACAAACGAACUAACACAUGGGCAUAGCAAAAGUGAAAAUCUGCAAUCUUCCAAUAAAAAUUUAAUAGUAAUACAGUCUGCUCCUACAAUCCAUAACGGCGACGAAAACCAACUGAAAUCGUCGUCAACUGUAAGUGAGGUUGGAGAAGAAAGGGAAUUUGAUGUCGAAGACUUCUUUAGAACAACGAUUACAGAAGCGGAGGAAAUGAAAACCCGACGCAUGACAAUUGCUGUGCAAGCGAAACAUACGUCUCUUGGAGCUAUUCCUACCUACGUAGAGAAGUAUUACAUGCAAAUUUGUUUCUUUAAUGAGAUGUCAUGUUUCUCAAUUGGUGAAUACUUGAAUAAUCGUCGAAUAGUAGCAAUAACACCUGUAAAAGUAUUGGCCAUUCCUAGAUACUUCCUCUUCGAUAAAAACGUAGGAAAUAUUUGGAACAAGAUAAAACAGUUUCUAAAUUUAAAAAUACCAUCUACCGAUAUGGUGUACAAGGAGUUUAAAGAUUUGCGAAGAUGGAGCAGACAUUGCAAGAAUUUAAAAAUGUCAAUUAUAAAAGACCGCGGACGAUGUUAUUCAAAUAACGUUUGCAAUAUACCCUUCUAUCACAGGUUAAAUGAGAAAUAUUAAUGUAUAGUGAAAAUGACGAACGAAGAGGCGUUGUACAAGAAUUGUGAACCAUGUUUAUCAUUCUAAUCACAAGCAUUGUUUAUUUUACGACUAGAUGUAAUAAUAAUAAAAACAUUUAUCUAUU